GUGGGAAAAGGGUUUGGAAAGGAGGUUCUGGGGGGAAAACGGGGAGCAGCUCCAGCUUUCCCCAAAAUAUUUCUCUGUCCCUCUGGAGCUUCCCCCCUCCAUCCUCUGAUCCUUUGACUUCCCAGCUGGAAUGUCGGAAGCCACACGGGAAAUCUUGGGAAAACGGGGGAAAAAUAGGGAUGCAGGUGAAGGCUGAGCAAGAAAUUCCAUUUAUUAAGUAGAAUCCUGGGAUGAUUUUGGUUGGAAAAUAUAUUUAAAUCAUCAAAUCCAGCCCCAAAUUCCCUCAGCACAUUCCUAAAAGCCAUUGGAGUGUCUCGGCUUGGGUUUUUUUUCCCCUUUUAUUUGCCUCAUUUCCCAUAUUUUGAGGAAAUUGGGAUGUUGGAAAACAGCCUCCACUCAGGAAGCUGAGUGGUUUUUAACUCUGCUGAGCUGAAAAGGAGGAAGCAGCACGUCCAUAAAAUCAUCCAGCUUAGGGAAAAACCCCUCAAAUCAUCCAAUCCCAAAGAAUAACCACGCUGAUCCUUGGGUCCUGCCCUGAAAGGGAAAUGGAGCAUUUUUGGGGGGGGGUGUUAAAUAGAAAUAAAUAAAUAAAAGGAAGCAAAAGUGAAACUGCUGAUGCUGGCAGGAGGGAGCUCAGCCGUUCCUGCUGGAUUUGGGUUCUUUUCUGGGAAAAAAAUUGCAUUUUCUGGGUUUUUUUGGGUUUUUUUUUUUGUGGCCAGAAGAGAGGAGUUUGUGCCUAUUCCAACCUCGGCCGUGCCCGGGAUGAGGAGCUCCCGGCGCAGGCGGCUCACAGCCCCCGAGUGCGCCGCGCUCGCCCGCAGCCCCGAGGGCUCGGCCCCGCUGCGGCAGCCCCUGGGCCUGGGCACAGGAGGAGGAGGAGGAGGAGGAGGGGGAAACCGCGGCCUUCAUCCCGUCCACGGGACACGGAGACAUCCCAGAGCAGCAGGCCAGCAGAGGAAAAUCCUGGAUUUCUUUGGGAUCCUGAAGGCGCCGCGAGCGGGAGCUGCCGCCAUGCAGAGCUGUGGGAUCAAGGAAGAGCCGCUGGAUCCCUUUCCCCCCGCGCCUCCCGCUUCCUUCAGCAGCCCCUCCCUUUCCCUGCCUCCCCAGCACUUGCUGCCACCUCCCAGGGGACAUUCCAGGAAAAGAGCAAUUCCCAAGCCAGAGCAGGAUCUCUGGGAGGAGCCUGAGGAGAAGAUUCCAGAGCUCAGCGGGAUCAAGGAGGAGUGGGAAGAGCUGGAAGUGGAACCCCUUCCCGAUUCCCACUACGGGCUCCUGGGCACUCAGAGCUGGCAGGUUCCUCAGGGAUCCAUGGAUGAUCUUCCUCCUGAAAUCCUCAGGAAUAUUUUUGCUUUCCUGCCAGUGCUGGAUCUGUACCAGAACCUCAGCCUGGUGUGUCGCUGCUGGAGGGAGAUAAUCCGGGAUCCACGGUUUAUCCCUUGGAAAAAGCUCUACCACCAGUACCUGAAGAGGGAGGACUCAGCCCUGCAGAGAGUUGAGCAGAUCCUGCAGGAAUUUUCCAUAACCAAGGAGCAGCAGGGAUGUGUGCUGGGGCUGGUCAGGUUGGUGUCAUCCACAGGACCCAAGGUGGAUCCCAGCGCGCUUCUCCAGGUUUUGGGAAGUCAUCCCCUCUUCCCAAAGGCUCAAGUCUGUGUCCUCAGCAGAUUCCCAGAUUUACAGAGCAAGCCUGGGCCAGAGAAGAUGUGGGCGAUCUUUGCUGUCAUGGUGCUGUUCUCCGACGGCGUCGGUGACAUCCAGAGGCUCCUGGAAUGUUUCCGGAGCCCCCGCUCGCAGCUGGCCGUGCUGGAGGUCACCGAGGUGCUCCACUGCAUGGCCACGCUGCUCCUGGCCAUGAGGAACAAGAGCAUUCCCAUCUCCAACAGGAUUCACUACAAUAUUUUCUACUGUUUGUAUCUGAUGGAAAAUGCCUCUGGAAUUGUGCAGCCUCUGGAAGAGAGAAGAGUGAAUUUGUGUUCCAGUGGAUGGGCUGAUGUCAAACUGACCCAUGAACAGCAGAGGAUUUUGAGUCACAAAAUUGAGCCUGGCCAAACAGUGAAAAUAAUGGCGUUUGCAGGCACGGGGAAAACCUCAACCUUGGUCAAGUACGCGGAGAAAUUCUCAGAGCUGAAAUUCCUUUACCUGGCUUUUAACAAAGCUGUGGCAGAGAAGGGGAAAAAGGUUUUUCCAAGGAAUGUCACCUGCAAGACCUUCCACUCCUUGGCUUUUGGAAGCAUUGGGAGACACUACAAAGAGAAAGGCAAGCUGAACUUCUCCAAGAUGUCCGUUUAUUCCAUCAGCUUCCUCCUCCGGAACAGGGAGGGCCAAUCCCUGUUUGUAAGAGGGAAAACAGUGUCCCAAACCUUGGAAAACUUCUUCUCCUCCUCAGAUGAGGAGAUCUGCGAGGAGCACGCGCCCGCGUGGUUCAAAAACACUCACGGACAGAUGCAGCUCGUGAGCCGAGAGGAAAAGAGAAUCAACGUGGAAGAGGCCAAAGAGAUUUGGCACAACAUGAAGAAGCUGGAUGGAGAUGCACAGAAGAAAUACAAGAUGACUUGUGAUGGAUAUUUGAAACUUUGGCAGCUCAGCAAGCCCCAGCUUUCGGGAUACGAUGCCAUUUUUGUGGAUGAAGCCCAGGAUUGCACUCCAGCCAUCGUGGAUAUUGUGCAAUCCCAAAAAUGUGGGAAAAUCCUGGUGGGAGACCCUCACCAGCAGAUCUACACCUUCCGAGGGGCCGUCAACACCCUCUACUUGGUGCCUCACACCCACGUGUACUACCUGACCCAGAGUUUCCGCUUCGGCCCCGAGAUCGCCUACGUGGGAUCCACGAUCCUGGAUGUGUGCAAAGGGAUCCGCAGUAAAACCCUGGUGGGAGGAAGCCAAAAGGGGGACGUGAGGGGAGGCCGUGAGGGGAAGGUGGCGCUGCUGUCCCGGAGCAACUGGAACGUGUUUGAGGACGCCGUGGAAUUCUCUGGGAGAGACCCCCCGGCUAAAAUCCACGUCAUUGGGGGAUUGGAGAGAUUUGGCCUGAGCAGAAUUUAUGACAUUUGGAAGCUCAGCCUACCUGCAGACGUCAGGAAAAACUCAAACCUGGUGAUUGAGGAUUCCUUCAUCAAAAAAUGGGAAGAAUCCGAGGGAUUGGUGGGGCUGAAGGAAUACGCGGCGCGCGUGGACGACAGAGAGCUGGAGGUGAAGAUUUCCAUCGUGGAGAAAUACAGGGAGAGGAUCCCGGGGCUGGUGACGAGGAUCAAAGGGAGCCACGUGUCCCAGGAAUCCCUGGCAGAUUUUCUCAUCGGGACCGUGCACCAAGCCAAGGGCCUGGAAUUCGACACCGUUUGCCUCGCGGAUGAUUUUGUGCAAAUCCCUUCUGUCAGUGGGGCUUUCCUGAGGAGAAUGAACAUUGCUCUUGACAGGACCCCUCAGGAUGAGUGGAACCUGCUCUACGUGGCCGUGACCAGAGCCAAGAAGUGCCUGCUGAUGUCCAAAUCCCUGGAAAACCUUUUAUCUCUGGCUGGAGAGCGUUUCCUCCGGGUGGAGCUGCUGAGUGAGGCUGGGAAGGACAAGGAUGGAGCUCCUGUUGCUUGUUGUGUGUCAGGAUGUACAAAAUCCCUGGAACUCAGCUCCGGGCUGGUGGUGAAGAAGCUCCCAUUGACUCAUAGCGACGGCAGCCAGGAUCCAGGGGGGUUCCUUUGCCAGGCUUGCACCCAGAUGUUCUUUGGCUCCCUGACUCCACUCACCUCUUUCCCAACAAUCCAGUAGGAGCCCAUCCAGCUCUAA